GUUAUAUCAAUGGCAGCCACAUUGAAUGUGCUGAUUUGGGGCUACGUCCCCUUUAAGAGGCAGGCCCAUGAGGGCGGGGCUUAUCCUAUGAGAAGGAGGAGGGGGGCAGUGAAGCGCCGGUAUUUUUUUUUUUAAUUAUCUUAUGAUUGUCUUUCUCUUUGCUUUAUUUAUCAUCAAGAGAGAAACUUGAAUAACGCCGAUGCAUGACGUCACUAUGGAACAUCUUUCAUCUUCUGUGCUGGUCAAGGUUAUUUUCAGAUAAUAAUAAUAAUUAAUCAGCAUUAUUGCGAAGGAGCCGCACGGUGAGACAUGCACUGCCCUGCCGAAUUCGACGAGAUGGAUUCAGGGUUAGCGACGAGGACGUGAUCAUCGGAUCCAGAAGAGGAGCAAAGGGGGAGACGACGACCUGCUUCCAUGCGUAGAUCGUCACCAUGUCCAGGGCUUUACGGAGACUGGUCCACUUGGUGCUCUUCUGUCCUCUAUCCAAAGGCCUGCAGAGUCGCCUCCCGGCCAUCAAGGUCAAGUACCUCCUACUGGCGUGGUUGGGGGCCCUGGUGGCCAGCUGGGUGCUCUACAUGCAGUACGCCUCCUACGCCGAGCUCUGUCGUGGACACGUCUGCCAGGCGGCCAUCUGCGAUCACUACAAACGCGGCGUCAUCGCCGGCUCGUCCUGCAAGGCGCUGUGCGAGCAGCGGACGCUGACGCUGCAGCACUGCAUGUCCACAUCCUCCCAAAGUCAGGUGUACGCCGGCCUGUGGAAGGAGAGGCCCGUCGUCAUCAAGUGCGGGAUCGAGGACCACCGCAAGGUCGACGGCGCUCCGGAUUCGGCGCUCAGGAGGGAGGGGAGCCUGUUUGACAAACCGACGCGUGGAACCUCCAUGGACGAGUUUAAAGAGAUGAUGCACGCCUUCCUCAAGACUAGUUUCGGAGAGCAGCCAUCUUUGGGCGCUUUGGUGGACAGGAUCAUUUCCCUGGCGGACGUCAACCAGGAUGCAAAGCUAUCUCUGGCAGAGGCCAAGUCCAUCUGGGCCCUCCUCCACAUUAACGAGUUCCUCCUGAUGGUGGCGCUGCAGGAGAAGGAGCACACCCCCAAGCUGCUGGGUUUCUGCGGAGACUUGUAUGUGACGGAGCCUCUGGGCCACACUGCCCUCUACAGGCUGGAGACGCCCCCUUACCUCCGCCCCCUGGUCCCGGAGGCCCUCAUCUCCGGUCUGAACCGGUGGCUAGCCCCCGCGUGGCCCCGACGGGCGCGCAUCACCAUCGGCCUGCUGGAGUUUGUGGAGGAGGUCUUCCACGGGCCCUAUGGCAGCUUCCUCAUCUGCGAUGCUAACCCCCGCCACGUGGGCUACAACGCCAAGUAUGACUGCAAGAUAGCCGACCUGCGUGGCGUGGCCUCGGAGGCGGCGGUGCGGGCGUACCUGAAGGGGCGGCGCUGCAAGACCAACGCCGACUGCACGUACGGCCGCGACUGCACGGCCACCUGCGACCGCCUGGUCAAGCAGUGCAACACAGACGUGGUGCAGCCCAACCUGGCCAAGGUGUGCGCGCUGCUGCAGGACUUCCUGCUCUUCGGGGCCCCGGCGGACCUCAGAGGUGACCUGGAGAGGCAGCUGCGUACCUGCGUGACGCUGAGCGGGCUGGCAAGCCAGAUGGAGGUGCACCACUCGCUGGUCCUCAACAACCUGAAGACUCUACUGUGGAAAAAGAUCUCCAACACACAGUACUCCUGAAAGACACAAGGAGGUGACAAACGUAGCUCGUUUUUUAGCCCGCUUAUCCUGUGCAGGAUCUCGGAGGGGGGGGCGCCUAUACCAGCUGACCAACAAGGAAGUACUUGUAUAAUCAUGUAAGUAAAAACCAGCAAAUUGCGAAGAUGCCACCACUGUAAAUAUUUCCAAUGUGAAAGUAAAACAACUGUCAACUUGAUUUUAUACCCUGGAACCUCUAAAGUCCAAUACUUUAUUGUACAUCAGCGGAUUCAUGUUUUGUUUAUUUCUGUUGCAAAAGGCGGCGGCUAUCAUCACCAACUGCUGGGUGUAACAACGGUGUUGAUUAUAUCACACAUCAACAUUGGGCUUUGCUGCGUGUACUCAUGCCUGAGCAAAUCUGGACUUUGUAGAUGACUUUGAGUUAUUGUGGUUGUUUCCAUGAUGCAAGGUGGCGGCUAUCAUUGCUAACUGGUGGGCGGAAGAAUGGCAUUAAUUAUAUGACACAUGCAGGCGUGUAAUACGUGCAUUUGCUGGUCAGCAAGGACACAUACCUUUUGGCUUUGUGGAUUAUUUUGAGUCAUUCUAGUUGUUUCCAUGAGGCAAGGUGGCGGCUAUCAUUGCUAACUGGUGGGCGAAAGAAUGGCAUUGAUUAUAUGACACAUGGUUGGCGUGUAAUACGUGCAUUUGCUGGUCAGCAAGCACACAUACGUUUUGGCUUUGUGGAUUCUUUUGAGUCAUUCUAGUUGUUUCCAUGAGGCAAGGUGGCGGCUAUCAUUGCUAACUGGUGGGAGGAACGACGGCAUUAACUAUAUGACACGUCCCGGUUGGGCGUUUGUGCCUACUUUUGACUUUGUGGAUUCUUUCCAACUGUUCCCAGUUCGCAAGGUGGUAGUUAUCAUUCAUAACUGGUGGGAGGAUUGAUAGCCAAGUGUAGCCAAGUCCUGUACUCCGACGGCGCUCCAAUGCUCCAAAGUCAACUAGUGUCUAAGAAUGUUGGGUUUUGGAGGUUCUUCUGUAUAAAAGUCCAAAGGACUGAUGUGGACAAUCAGUAGUGAUUAAAAACCUGUCACAACACGUCAGUUCAGACU